GGGUUUUCUAGAAAGAACUUGAUCUUUCUUUUUUCUUCAGCUAGCUUCAAGAAAAAACUAUACUCAUCUUUCAUUCGGUAACGAGUGAUAGAGAUAGAAAGAGGAAACCGAAAAUCGCAAUUCGAUUCCUUCUCAAUUCUCUUCUCCAACAAUAACAAUGUCAUCAUACCGAUGGAAAAGCUUCGACGUCAACGAAGACCGCCCCUCCAAACCUCGCCGCUACGGCGUCACCGAAAUGCGAAGCCCUCAUUACACUCUCUUCAACCACAAUGUUCUUCAGGAUAUUUUUGAAUCUAUGGGAGAUUGUGUUGAUGGUUUGAAGUUUUGUGGAGGUUCUGAUAGUUUGAUGUCAAAAGCUUUUAUCAAACAAGUCAUUGAUACGGCUCAUCAGCAUGAUGUUUAUGUUAGUACAGGUGAUUGGGCUGAACAUAUGAUUCACCACAAAGGUCCUUCAGGCUUCAAAGACUAUGUGGAGGAAUGUAAGCAGUUGGGGUUUGACACAAUUGAGCUGAAUGUUGGCUCCCUUGGAGUUUCUGAAGAAACCCUCUUAAGAUUUGUUCGCUUCGUCAAAACUGGUGGUAUGAAAGCUAAGCCUCAUUUUGAACUUAAGUUUAAUAAGUCUGAUAUUCCCAGGGGUGAUGAUAGAGCUUAUGGGGCUUAUAUUCGUCCAGCACCUAGAUCAUCUGAACUAGUGGAAGAUGUGGAUUUCUUGAUUAGAAGAGCUGAGAGGUGUUUAGAAGCGGGUGCAGACAUGAUAAUGAUUGAUGCUGAUGAUAUCUCUAAACAUGCUGAUAAUAUGCGCGCGGAUGUUAUUGCAAAGAUCAUAGGCCGCCUUGGUCUUGAAAAGACUAUGUUUGAAACAUCAAAUCAUAACGCAUCUGAGUGGCUUAUCAAACAAUAUGGUCCAAAUGUCAACCUUUUCAUCGAUCACUCGCACUUGGUAGAUGUGGAAUGCAUUCGGGGACGCAACUUGGGUAGAAAUCAUGCUUCCGUCCUCAGUUCUUCUUUUUUUCCUUUCUGAAGUGAGAUUGACUUCUUGUUUGUGUAAAAAGUACUGAAUUGUCUAUUGUAGUGGGUGUAACAUAUGUCCUUCGUUGAGUGAAGAUAGGGAUGAUGACUUAAUGGAGAUUGAAAUAAAUGAAUGUAUUAUCUUUCAUGGAA